AUGAUGCUCCUAGCCCGGAAAAAAACCUCCACGGAAGCCGGCUGGAUCGUUUUCGCCGUCAUCUUUUCCACCUUCAGCUCCGCGCUCAUCAUAUUCCUCUGCUGGCGAAACACCCGUGGUUCGAGCAAAAAAAGCAGCAGCGCACAACAGCAAAGCGGGAAUUCAGAGUCAAGGACAAUAUCCAGGCGCUCCGUACGCUACUGGUACUAUUACCCAGAGUACUUUAGUGGUUACAAUGGAUCUUCAGAGUCAUCAGAAUAUCAUUAUGCAAAUACCGGGAGGGAAUAUCAUUUGGAACAAACUCCGAAUUACUACAUCUAUCCGCCGACUUAUCCUCCAUGCCCAGAUCCACCGCCGCCCCCGCCGCGACCGCCGAGGACGCCGCCGCAUAUAGCUGUGUACAGAACUAGGCCGGUUAAUGUGAUGAGCUUUUUGGAUCGAACACAAAUGCGGAGGAAGCCACCGCCGGUGACAGAAGUGACUUCUCCAGAACGGACGAGUACACCAAGUCACGAGAGUGGCUCGUCUUCUUCAAGCGAUUCUGGGCCUGAUGAGCCUCUUCCGGAUGGGGAUGGACCUCCACCCAGUGGCCCCUCGGGCAGUCCCUCGGACGGCCCUCAUCCAGAUGGUCCUGCGCCUGGCUCAACUACACCUGCUGCGAAUCCCAUGGGUGUUCGCUCGCCCAAAGAAGACGGUAGCGUGAUCUCAAAACAAGACGUUUCAGAGGCGCAGGCAAACUUCAGCAAGUUAAUGUCAGAAGCAGAAUUACGUUCACAACACCCACACUCAAGCUCGGAAGCGGAAUCUCAGCGUGACAAUUCCGCAAGACGAAUUUCAGGUGUUCGUUACGUGAAGGCUCCAACGAAUGCGUCGUCAAAAGAAAGGCGCCGUUCCAUGGCAGUAUCACCGCAUGGCAGAUCUCCAGCAUCAUCAAACAGCAACUCACCCACCGCAGCCCUCAGAGACACCACCCCCAAACCGAGUUCACAUGCCUCACAUUCGUCAUCAAAGCCCUCCAUACGCUCCCAUACAUCACGCAGGCUGGACCUCAACCCAUUAUCCCCCGGCUCUCGCGCCCCCUCCCACCACUCGCUGCGCUAUGCGGCCUCCAGACACUCAAGCCCGCCCCAGUCUCCUACACGAUCCCAUCACUCCCAGAUUCCAAGCUCCCCGAACCGCCACAGUCGCAGCUACAGCCGUAGCCAUAGCAAUCCUACCUCAAGGCACUCAAGCCCCCCUCAGUCACCUACACCGCCUCAUCAGUCCCCGAUUCCACACUUUUCAGGUCGUCAGAGCUAUGGCCGUCCUACUUCACGACACUCCCCAAGAUCACGCUCCAUCGCAGGGUCAGGGGUAUCUUCGAUGCCCCCAUCGCCGACAGUGACGGAUUUCGCACCUAUCUCUGCAAUUUCCCACCCGCUUCGCUCUCCAGCUCCACCUGGCUUUUCUCGUUCCUCGCUUUCUCCCGCUUACAGGUCGGGUGGGUUUAAGGCGGCGUUGAGUCCACAACCAGAUGAGCAGGAUGAACGGAAAGGGUCGCGCCAAUCAUCAUCGAGAUAUUCGAGACACUCUGGUGAGAAAUCACCUUCAGUAGUGUCUGUGUCGGUUGUGGAGCUGCUAAGUUUAGAGAAGGAGCAAGAUGGUGAUGUUGGCAUGGGGGAGCCAAUGUCUCUUUUGGAUCAUGAGGAGUACGAGGAGAGUGAGAAGUGCGGGGAAAGACAGGGCAGUGAGGAUGUGAUGCUGGAUGAGAAUGAGGUUCAGCGGCGGGGUCGAAGAAGUGUCUCUGCAAAUUCACAACAACAACGAGGUAUGGAUCUUGCUGAACAUGAAGAAGAAUCUGUGGAAAUGGGACAUGACCAUGACAGCCACGGCGACCAGGAUCCAGAAUCAGAACCAGAACCAGAACAAGCACCAGAAGACUACUACACAUCUUACUCACCUGUCGCUCCUGCUUCCAUUACCAACCCUAUACCAUCCUCCCCCAACCUUUCGGGCCACUCAUCGAACCUCUCACCAAAAUCUCCCUAUCAUCCUCGCAAAUACAUACCAAUUCAGGUACCCAAGGAGAACCGACCGCACCAAGCUAGUGUCUGUAGUGUCUCCGACAGCACUGAUUCUGGGAUUGGUGGCAUAGGCGAGGCUAAGAAAGGGUGA